CAGUGAAACAGGCAGUGUGAAAGUCAGCUGUGCAGGCGCAAGAACUCAAAUUCCAGACUCAGAUUUGAGCAACAAUGGAUAAGAGUGAGAUGGUGCAGAAGGCCAAGCUCGCAGAGCAGGCUGAGCGGUAUGAUGAUAUGGCGGCGUCCAUGAAGGCCGUGACAGAGCUGGGAGAGGAGUUGUCCAAUGAGGAACGUAACCUCCUGUCUGUCGCCUACAAGAACGUGGUGGGCGCCCGGCGUUCUUCCUGGAGGGUCGUCUCCAGUAUCGAGCAGAAAACCGAAGGGAGCGACAAGCAACAGAUGGCCAAGGAGUACCGGGAAAAGAUUGAGAAAGAACUGAAAGAGAUUUGCAACGAUGUGCUGGGUCUCCUAGACAAAUAUCUCAUCCCUAGUUCCACUCCUGCUGAGAGCAAGGUGUUCUAUCUGAAAAUGAAAGGAGAUUAUUACCGUUACCUGGCAGAAGUGGCCACAGGAGACGACAAAACCGCCACCAUCAAGCAAUCGCAGGAAGCAUACCAGGCGGCCUUUGAAAUCAGCAAAAAUGACAUGCAACCCACUCAUCCCAUCCGCCUGGGCUUAGCCCUGAAUUUCUCUGUCUUCUACUACGAGAUCCUCAACUCUCCUGAGCAGGCCUGCAAACUGGCCAAGACGGCUUUCGACGAGGCAAUCGCCGAAUUGGACUCGCUAAACGAAGACUCUUACAAAGACAGCACUCUGAUCAUGCAGCUGCUGAGAGACAAUUUGACACUGUGGACCUCAGACAAUCAAGGUGACGGCGAGGACACGGAGGAGGGUCGAGAAAACUGAACUCGUCAAUCACUCGUUCCAGUCGAUCCAUCAAGA